GCUUGCAUCGUCGUCACCACCGGUAGAGAACAUCCAUAGCAGCGAUGAAGUUUUCUACGAUACUCGCGCCUUUGCUGGCCGCAGCACCCUUUGCCGCCAGCGAACACACAUCCAACUGGGCGGUCCUCGUCUCGACGUCGCGCUUCUGGUUCAACUACCGCCACCUUGCCAAUGUGCUUUCUGUGUACCGCACCGUGAAGCGGCUGGGCAUCCCAGACUCUCAAAUCAUCCUCAUGCUCCCCGACGACAUGGCAUGCAAUCCGCGCAACGCCUUCCCCGGAACCGUCUACAACAAUGCCGACCGCGCACUCGACUUGUACGGCGACAACAUCGAGGUCGACUACAGAGGGUACGAGGUGACGGUCGAAAACUUCAUCCGGCUGAUGACGGACCGCGUGGGCGAGGACAUGCCACGAAGCAAGCGCCUGAUGACGGACGAGCGCAGCAACAUCCUCGUCUACAUGACUGGCCACGGCGGCAACGAAUUCCUCAAGUUCCAGGACGCCGAGGAAAUCAGCGCCUUUGAUCUCGCCGACGCCUUUGGCCAGAUGUGGGAGAAGAAACGCUACCACGAAAUCCUCUUCAUGAUCGACACGUGCCAGGCAAACACCAUGUACUCGAAAUUUUAUUCCCCCAACAUCCUCGCGACAGGAUCCUCGGAAAUCGAUCAAUCGUCGUACUCGCACCACGCUGACAACGACGUCGGCGUCGCCGUCAUCGACCGCUACACGUACUACAACCUCGAGUUCCUGGAGAACCAGGUCAAGGACCCCACGAGCAAACUGACAAUGGGCGACUUGUUCGAUAGCUACGACGAGGAAAAGAUUCACAGUCACCCCGGUAUCCGGUACGAUCUCUUUGCGGGAGGAGAGCAGGAAGCGAGGAAUAGAAAGGUUAUGGACUUCUUUGGCAAUGUGCAGAAUGUCGAGGUGGACAGCCGUAACGAGACGGGCUGGAUACGAGAGGCAGGGAGCGCUUUCAGAGCGGCCAAAUCGCACGAUCAGAAUGUGGCCAAUGUCAGCCAGCAGCCAGUCGAGAGUGCACGGAAAGAAGGCGCUUGGAAAGUGGAUUUGGAGCAGGGCUGGACUAGGCAGGCUUAUGGCGCUGCGGCCCUGGCUGGAUGUGCGGGCAUUUGGCUCGUUGGAAGCUGGCUAGAGUCCAUGUAGUGCUUCAACGGUUGUUUUCGUUAAUGAUACCCAUAUAUUCAAUUGAGAAACCC